UUUACUUGGUGUUAUUCUAAAACUAUCUUUGUUAAUUGUUAUAAUAAUUUUUAUCUAAAGAUUGAAUUUUCAUUUGGCAAGAGUAAGCCAUCUGUAAGUAGCAGAAGUUUCAUCACCGUAUGAUGCACAAAACCCGAAACAAGACCUCCAUUCAGAACCUGAGAUUCACAUCUCCCUCCACGCCCAAACCUCUGGUCAUUGUUACGCCAGUAGAGGAAUCCCAAAUUCAGGCAACCGUCUACUGUGCCAAACAGCACGGCUUGCAGAUCAGAGUUCGAAGUGGCGGACACGACUUUGAGGGUCUUUCAUAUGUUUCCGAGGUCCCCUUUGUCAUUCUCGAUCUGCUAAACCUUCGAUCGAUCAGUGUUGAUUCUGAAAACAAAACUGCUUGGGUUCAAACAGGAGCCACUAUCGGAGAACUAUAUUACAGAAUUGCCCAGAAGAGUAAAACUCUAGGCUUUCCUGCUGGAAUUUGUCCUUCGGUCGGUGUUGGUGGACACUUCAGUGGGGGAGGGUAUGGCCCGCUACUCCGCAAAUACGGCUUUGCUGCUGAUAAUAUCGUCGAUGCUCUGAUAAUGGACGAUUCUGGCAACAUCCGCGAUCGAACAUCCAUGGGGGAAGACCUAUUCUGGGCUAUCAGAGGAAGUGGAGGAACUAGUUUUGGAAUUGUUCUCGCGUGGAAAGUAAAGCUGGUCAAUGUUCCCCCAAGUGUAACUGUUUUCACAGUUUACCGGACCUUAGAACAAAAUGCAACCAAGCUUGUGCAUCAGUGGCAGUUCGUUGCGCACAAGUUCCCCGAUGAACUUUUCAUCGAAAUUGCAAUCAUGGCGAACUCAAGUGCGAACGGGAACAGAACAAUUAGAGCUUCAUUCAACUGCUUGUUCCUGGGUGGAUCUGACGAACUCGUCGAGUUGAUGCACGAAAAAUUCCCAGAAUUGGGUGUGACAAAACAGGACUGCACCGAGAUGAGCUGGAUUGAAUCCGUGCUCUACUUUGCUGCCUAUGCCGGCUUUCCUAAUGGACCCCUUGAUGUUUUGCUGAAUAGGACGUAUACGGGUAUAAUCUAUUUCAAAGCAAAAUCAGAUUAUGUGCAAAAACCCAUCUCGGUGACAGGAUUGGAAGGGAUAUGGAAAAGGAUUUAUGAAGAAGAUCCCCUAUCAGCUCAGAUCAUUUUGAUCCCAUAUGGUGGCAAGAUGGACCGGAUUUCAGAAAAAGCGAUCCCUUUCCCACAUAGAGCCGGGAACCUGUACAAAAUCGUCUACAUUGCUGGGUGGUUGGAAGGAGGAACAGCUGCGUCCGAGAGGCACAUAAAUUGGAUCAGAAGGUUCUACAGUUACAUGGCUCCUUACGUUUCCAAGUCGCCGAGAGCUGCGUAUGUCAAUUACAGAGAUCUUGACAUCGGAGUGAACCACCAAGGAAACACAAGCUAUGCACAAGCAAGCAUUUGGGGUGUUAAAUAUUUCAAGGGAAACUUCAAGAGACUGGCACAAGUGAAGAGCAAGGUGGAUCCUAGCAAUUUCUUCAGGAAUGAACAGAGCAUUCCCCCUUUCACCUCUUAAAGUUUUUAAUAAGAAUCACCCAGACGAAAAAGAAACGAAGAAUUUGUAAGCACAUAUAUAUCACUUCUCUUGAAUCCUCAAUUGCUGUCUUACAUUUUGUGUCAUUGCUCCUUUGUUAUAUGGCAAGCAGAUGAUGCAAUUAAAUUUCUCAAGCCAUCUUCAGCUUCUAAAACAGAUUGAAGUAUUAAAAAAUGAUAAACAAAUCUAGUUUUGGAAUAGCUUCUUAAAUUCUUAUGUCUAUGUUUCUUCAUUAAACUUAAAACAAUGGUAUGCCUCU